AGAAAACCCAGAAGCCGUCAGGCCCCAAAACCCUCGUCUUCCUUGUGUUGAAACCUCUAGAAGACUAGAACAUUAGAACACUAGAACACUAGAACACAUAAGCUUCUGCUUCGCAACUAAGGAUAGAACUGCCCACACUUCUUCCCUUAGAUCAUAUUCUCUACCGUAAUGGCUCCUGAUGCUUCCGAUGCUCUUGCAGUGAGGGAAAAGGUUGAGAAGUUCUUGAAUGCUGCACGGACAGGGGACCUAGAUCUUUUCAAGAAGUUGGCUAAACAGCUUGAUGAUGGGAAGGGGUUAGUACAGACAGUGGCUGAUGUUAAGGAUGCAAAUAAGCGAGGGGCUCUGCAUUUUGCCGCUAGGGAGGGCCAGACUGAUAUGUGCAAGUACUUGGUUGAGGAAUUGAAGGUUGACGUCAAUACCAAGGAUGAAGAUGGGGAAACUCCUCUUCUUCAUGCUGCUCGGCAAGGUCAUACUGCAACUGCCAAUUACCUUUUACAGCAGGGAGCUGAUCCCGCAAUUGCCAGUGAGAUGGGGAUAACAGCUUUGCAUCACGCUGCGGGAUUAGGAGAUAUUGAGCUGAUGAAAGCCUUUCUUUCCAAAGGUGUGAAUGUUGAUUUGCAAAGUGAUGCUGGUUCACCGCUCAUAUGGGCUGCGGGUCAUGGCCAACAAGAUUCCGUCAAGCUGUUGCUAGAACACAAUGCUAAUCCUAAUGCUGAAACCGAGGAUGAUAUCACUCCUUUGCUGUCAGCUGUAGCAGCAGGUUCGUUGCAAUGCCUGGAGCUGUUAUUAAAGGCUGGCGCUAAUGUGAAUAUCACAGCGGGUGGAGCAACGGCUUUGCACAUUGCUGCUGAUAAUGGUAGCCCGGAGAUUAUCAAGGCAUUGUUACAAGCUGGCGCUGAUCCUAAUGCCAGUGAUGAGGAUGGCUUGAAGCCAAUACAGGUUGCUGCUGCUAGAGGUAAUCGGGCGGCUGUGGAACUUCUUUUUCCCGUAACAUCACAAGUUCAAGGUGUGUCAGAAUGGACUGUUGAUGGACUAAUUGAAUAUAUGCGAUCUCAAACCGAGAAAGCUCAGGAAGAAGCAAAUGCGAUGAAGGAUGGAAACAAGCCAAAGGAACCCGUCCUUCCCAAGAAAGAUUUGCCCGAGGUUUCGCCCGAGGCUAAGAAGAAAGCAGCUGAAGCAAAGGCUAGAGGGCACGAUGCUUUUGGAAGAAAGGACUAUGCAAUGGCGGUAGAUGCGUAUACACAGGCAAUUGAUUUUGAUCCAACUGAUGCAACGUUGCUUUCGAAUAGAAGUCUUUGUUGGUUCCGAUUGGGACAGGCCGAGCAAGCCUUAGCCGAUGCCCAGGCCUGCCGAGCAAUCAGACCAGAUUGGCCGAAGGCUUGCUAUAGGGAAGGCGCGGCUCUACGUCUAAUGCAGAAGUUUGAAGAUGCAGCAAAUGCGUUCUAUGAAGGUGUCAAGCUUGACCCUGAGAGCAUGGAACUUGUCACGGCUUUCAGGGAAGCUGUUGAAGCCGGGAAAAAGUUUCAUGCCGCAAGUAAGCAGAAUGCUAAAGCUUAGAAGAGCUGAAAGUACAAAGUGACAGUUUCUGACAUUCCGGUGAAGAUCCAAUAUGAUCUUUGAGCUUUGGACCGGCGCUGGACACCUUGUAUGUAUACAUUCAGCUAGACUAGAAAAUUUUCGAAGUUUUGGAUUUCGAGUGUUUAAAAAAGUCUACUUUUCUUCUCCCCUUAAAAGGGUUUAUAUACAAUCAAACUGUUGCAUAGUUAAUUAAAAUGUGCAGGAAAAUUUGUAGAGACCAAAAUAAAUUUUCCUUUUGCCUUUGUUU